AUGAGCAAGGAAAAUCUUCCAUCUGAUUUUCCUACUACUACCACACCACCACCAAAAAUCAGCAGACCCACCGAUGCACCGCCGGCGGUGGAGGAUUCACCUUUCGUGCCAGAUUUCGAUGCCAUUCCACCGAUAAGACCAGGUGAAAACCCUCCACCACCAUUACCGUCACCAACCGCACCAUGGACCGAUAGUCCUGAAUUUUCCGAACCACCGAACACUUCUCCGUCAGGUCACGAAGCACCACAACCACCUGGACAGCCGGAGGCGUUCCCACCACGCGCUCCGGACGCUACGCCUACUAAACAACCUCCGGAUGCUGGAGAGCAAAUUAGAACAUCUAAUGUUAGAUCUGAGUAG